UUUCACUCACGCCGAUAAAUCAAAAGUGUCACACCGCGAACCUCCUUCGGGUCUCGGCGCUGCUGCAGACGGGAGACGCCCCCGCAUCGCUUCCGUCAGCCGGGUGACGUCUCCGCCUCUCAGCCCGUGUGCAGUGUGACGUUGCGGGGCUGUAGUGGAGCCUCUGGCUGCGUCCUGUUGACGGUCCGCCAGGCUUUUCCAGUGUAGACGAGCCCCUGUGCGAGCGAGGACACACGCACGCGGCGUCCAGGAAGUGGAUCAGAACACAGAAACCUUCAGUCACCAUCAUGCUUGUGUCCAACAACCAGAAGAUUUGCGUCGUUUGAAAAGAUUUGAACAGGGGAAAAAAAGGCUCAGAGGAAUUUAAGAACUCAGUCAGCUGAAAGACCCGACGUGAGCCGGCGCUCCGACAUGGCCAGCACCCAGACCAGCUUGAAAACCCCCUUCAAAGACUUGACCUCGUUCAAGGGCAACAUGAAGCGCCUGUACAGGGAGCGGCUGGAGGACGCGCCCAUCAAGAAGCGGGUGAUGGCCGAGAUCAACCUGAAGCGCCGCGGCGCCGACCCGCCCCCGAAGGCCCCCAAGGUGAAGCGGGAGCAGCCGGAGGACGGGCGCCACGACUCCGACGCCGACCCGGACGGCCGGGCCGAGCUGCACGCGGCCGGCGCCGCCAAGGCGCUGGACCUGAGCCCGGGCCUCAAGCACACGCUGGCCCAGUUCACCCUCAGCAGCCAGAGCUCCCUGGGGGGCCCGGCCGCCUUCUCGGCCCGCACCGGGCACGAGCCCCCGGCGGGGGGCCUGCCCCCCCUGCCCUCCCCUCCCGUCCUGGGCGGAGGCCCCCUGCUGGUGCCCUGCGACAGCUCCACCGAGCUCACGCACUCCCUGCUGGAGGGCGAGUCCAUCUCCUGCUUCGUGGUGGGCGGCGAGAAGCGCCUGUGCCUGCCGCAGGUGCUCAACUCGGUGCUGCGCGACUUCUCCCUGCAGCAGAUCAACACGGUGUGCGACGAGCUCUACGUGUACUGCUCGCGCUGCGACGCCGAGCAGCUGCACAUCCUCAAGGUGCUGGGCAUCCUGCCGUUCAACGCGCCGUCCUGCGGCCUCAUCACGCUGACGGACGCCCAGCGCCUGUGCAACGCGCUGCUGCGGCCCGGCGCCGCGCUGCCCGCCGACGCCAGCGGCAAGCUGCCGGCCCGGGGCCUGCUGCCGGAGGGCGGGGCCAGCUUCCAGGUGGAGCACCAGUGCCUGGGCAAGUGCCAGGGCCUGUUCGUGGCGCCGUUCUACACGCAGCCGGAGGCGCCGUGCGUCCAGUGCGUCGAGUGCCAGCUGCUGUUCUCGCCGCAGAAGUUCGUCAUGCACUCGCACAAGUCGCCCGACAAGCGGACGUGCCACUGGGGCUUCGACUCGGCCAAGUGGCCGUGCUACCUGCAGCUGGCCAGGAAGUACCAGGGCGCGCCGGAGGAGGCCAAGCUCAAGCAGCUCCUGGAGGAGGUCAAGGAGAAGUUCCACUACCAGCUCACGAGGUCGCUCGACAAAAAGGCUGUGGAGGAGGAGGAGAGCCAGGUGAGGAAACCCCCUGCGGACCUCUGCUCCCCAAGUGGCAAGCUGGCCGACGCCGACCCCGUGAGAAAGGGGAAGACGUCUCCACCUACUCUGGUGUUCAACCCUAUAUUCACAGACAUCAAGGAGGAGCCAGGACACCCCACCCUGGUCCAUCCCAGUUACUACCUGUACACGUACGAUAAGAUAGUGGCUCCCAACGUGUCCCUGCGGAGGGAGGCGGAGAUGAGCCCGGAGAUGCUGGGAGCCCUGCUCAAACACCACUACAGCCGCAGGGUCCUGGGCCACGACGAGCCGCCCAUGGAUCUUCACGCGUCGCCUCCCGUCACUGCUGGUGCUGAGGAGACCAAAUCCCAACAUGCCGCCGCUGCUGCUGCUGCUUCGGCCGGUGAGCGGGAAUGCCAAACCCAAGCAGUUUCCAUGGAGACAAGCAGCCCGAGCAGCAAGAAGGCUGCCCACACCCCCGCCCACACCCCCUCUUCUCCUCCUGCGUCGUUGUUGUCGCAGAUAGCGGAAGUGCCGGCUAAGGACACGAGUUGUGCCGCCGCAGUGGCGGUGGGAGGGCUGGAGGACGACAAGGACAGGAUUGUAGUGGAGAUCAUGCAGAUGUACAGCAGACAGCAGGAGAAGCUCAACUCCACUCUGCACAAGCAGCUGCAGCUGGAAAUGGAGCUGGAGGCGUUGCGCGGAGGCGAGGCAGCGAGGCUCCGGGAGCUGAGCGCCGAACAGCGGGAGCUCCGCAGCGAGCUGGAGGCGGUGCACAGCGAACAGGCGCGGCAGCUCAGCCAGGCCCGCCAGGAGCAGCUGGAGCUGGAGGCCCGUCUGGAGCAGCUCCGGCAGCAGGCCUGCGCCUGCGAGCCGGGGGCCCAGCGGCAGCAGGAGGCCCACUACACCGCGCAGUUGUCUGAGCUCCGUCAGAGGCUGGAGCGGGCGGAGGCCGACCGGCAGGAGCUGCAGGAGGAGCUGCGCCGGGAGCGGGAGGCGCGGGAGAAGCUGGAGCGCACCAUCAGCCAGCUCAAGCAGCAGAUGGCCCUGUCUGGCACGGCGGGAGGCAGCCCCUCUCCCCCACCCACCCCCUCCACCGGACCCCUAACGCCCCACUCCCCACCCGCUUCUUGUCUGUCAGAGGCCUCAGCGACUGGCCAGAAGUAACGGCCGCCUCCCUCAUUCCUCUCCCGAGCCCCUCCCGCCAAACUCUACAGACACAAACAAACCACCCUGCAGCAGAAAAGAGCUUCGUGUCUCCUCGGGCUGUUUUUAAGUUGCGCAUGUCCCGUUUCUUCCUUUUCAAGUCGA